AUGCCGCAACCCUACACCGAAGGCGAGUUGUCUAUACCGGCGUACCGGGGACAACAUGGGUCAUAUAAUUCCCAUCGCACUUCUCCGCCCGGUCCUCAACAACCAGGUCAGCAACAAUACUCCCAGUCAACUCAGUCGAACCGGCCGCACGGUCAUGGCCACCACCACCGCCAAAGCAUGGACCCUCGGGCCGAUCUGCGUCUCAAAGCGAGGGACCCUGAGGCUCGCUUGGGACAAUAUAACAUCAUCAAGACCCUGGGCGAGGGCUCAUUCGGGAAGGUUAAGCUUGCCGUGCACCAGGUCUCGGGGCAGAAGGUUGCCCUAAAGAUUAUUUCGAGAAAGAAAUUAAUCAAUCGUGACAUGGCCGGGAGGGUGGAACGAGAAAUUGCCUACCUGCAGCUUCUGAGACACCCCCACAUUAUCAAACUGUAUACCGUGAUUACCACAGCUACCGAAAUCAUCAUGGUCAUCGAGUAUGCUGGCGGCGAAUUGUUUGACUACAUUGUUAAGCAUGGAAAAAUGGGCGAAACGGAAGCACGCCGAUUUUUCCAACAGAUCAUUUGUGCAGUCGAGUACUGCCACCGUCAUAAAAUCGUCCAUCGCGACUUGAAACCAGAGAAUCUCCUCCUGGAUGAAUUCAUGAAUGUCAAGAUCGCAGACUUUGGGUUGAGCAAUAUUAUGACGGAUGGAAAUUUCUUGAAGACCUCUUGUGGGUCUCCGAAUUAUGCGGCACCUGAGGUCAUUUCUGGAAAGUUAUACGCAGGCCCCGAGGUAGAUGUUUGGAGUAGUGGGGUGAUUCUUUACGUACUCCUCUGUGGGAAGUUGCCAUUUGACGAUGAUUACAUCCCAACCCUAUUUAAGAAGAUUAGUCAGGGUAAUUAUACACUUCCCAACUACCUCGGCUCUGAAGCUCGGAAUCUCAUCUCGAAGAUGCUUGUUGUGAAUCCCCUUCACCGAAUUAAUAUCGAGGAGAUCCGUAAGGAUCCAUGGUUCAAGAAGGAUCUCCCAGAUUAUCUGCGCCCAACACCGGAGGAAUUUUUUGAUACUGGUGUGGACUAUGCAAAGCUUCCGCCUUUGAGAGCUAUCGAGAGGGGACCUGCAGAAAAGCUUGAGGGCGAGCUUCACGAAGCUGUUGUUGGGAAAUUGGGGAAAACUAUGGGGUACGCCGAAGAUGAUGUCCAGGAUGCUCUAAAUAAGCAGGAGCCCAGUGCGAUCAAAGAUGCGUAUAUGAUUGUUAGAGAGAAUCAAAUGAUGAGCACCCGUCUCUCCAAUGCACAGAAUAUGGGGGGAUUUCUUGCCCAAUCUCCUCCAGCCUGGAAUUCGUAUAUGCCAUCGUCUCCUAGACACACGCCCGGACAACAUCCUCCAGGUUCGCCGUUUUCUUCUGCAAGUCAAGGACCUCCACGUAGUGGCUCUCCACUCACCCUCAUGGCGACCAGAGAGGGCCUAGGGAUUAGCGGGAUUCCAGAAGAAGUGGCUACCCCGGGUGAUAUUGGCCGUACUCCCAGUGCCACGAUUGGUAUCCUCCCAUCUAGUUUGCCUGAAUUCCACACAGCCUUCAUGAGGGGUGGGCCGGUACCCUCACCAAAAGCCCAACAGCCGCAAGCACCACAAAGUAUGCCCCCAAUAUUAGGUAGAAAGGGUCCAAAGCCGCACAAUCCUCGUAUUCAAGGCAAGGUUGAAGGCCUUACUCCGUUGAGUCAGUCAAGCAGGGACAAGAAACCUAGGCAGACUAGAUGGCAGUUUGGCAUAAGGAGCAGGAAUUCUCCCCUCGAAGCCGUUGGUUGUAUUUACCGAGGUUUGAAGAAGAUGGGCGCAGAGUGGGUUGUUCCUGAUCGCGAAGGCGAAGAGGAAUGCAACCGCAGCGAAGGAGAAUACAGUGGUUCUGAGUCUGAAAGUGAUGGUGACUGGAGUGGCGAUGAUGGCAGGGACUCUCGUGAUCAUUAUGGGUCACCGGGUAGAAGAAGGAGAAGUUCGUCCAGAGUGCACUCGUCUGUGGACGACACGAAGAUACCAGAAGAUCCGUGGGUCAUUCAUUGCAGAUGGAGGAAAGAUCAUCUGUUCAAACCGACCUCUGAGGAGAAUACUCCAUCCGUCACUCCUGAAGGCACAAAACGUUACUCUUUUACCCCGGUGGAAAGAGAGAGGCACGGCGACGAAAGUCUUUACGUGCACAUGGAAAUUCAACUAUACCAACUCGAACAAAACUUCUACCUCGUAGAUUUUAAAUGUGCGGGCUAUGAGCGCAUCGAGAAGGACGACCAAGACGAAGAAGAUGAUGACCAAGAUGAGGACGACGGUCAGGAUGAUGACGGCGGCGAAAAUGGCCAAGAAGAGGAGAAGAAACCCAAAAAGGUCGGCUUCUUGGAAGAAUUGGGCGGAGAUGCUAGCGGUGGUGGAGAUAUGAUCAAGACCGACGGAGACACUCCAGCCUUGGACAGUGAUGCAAAGAAGGAUAAAGGUGUGGGUGGAAGAAAGCAAGAGGAGAAGGAUGUGUCCAGUCCGUUUCCGUUCUUGGAUCUCGCUGGAAAGCUGAUUAUCCAAUUGGCUGCUGCUUCAGAAGAGUAG